CGGAGCAGACAGGACCCGGGCUGAGGCAGCAGCAGCAGCAGCAGCAGCAUCCGCACCAGCAGCGCCGCCACAAAGGGAGCUCAGUGCUGCUUUAAACUCGACUCUCCGCUCUCCUUCUUCUCCUCCAGGGUUUGAGAUGCUCCGGCUCGGCGGCAGGAUGUGCAGCUUGUCGGCCCUGGUCUCGGUGCUUCUCGCUGGGCUCGCGGCGGCGUCCUCCGAUCUGUUUGACAACCAACUGGGCGACAUCAAUUACUGCAAAAAGCAAUGCCAGCUCACCAUCAAAAACAAAAGCCCUGCUAAAGACUCCGUAAUGAACGCCUGUCACCGUGGCUGUCGCCUCUACUCCAUUUGCCAGUUUGUCAACGGCAACGCCGGCUUCAAUACCAGCAGGGAGGAGUGUCAGGGAGCAUGCCAGGAAGCAUAUAUCAAGCUGCUGGAGCAGGAGGCCUGCAGCACCGGCUGUGCCAGCCAACCCUCUGAACCUGAGAUCAAGAGGAGGAAGCUUAGAGCCAUGACUCUCCGCCCUAAGCCUCCCUCUGUGAUGGAGGCCGUGUCCAGUUGGUGCAACGACAUCGUCAGCUCUGCCCAGAGCUUCAUCUCCUCCACCUGGACCUUCUACCUGCAGGCUGAUGAUGGCAAGGUUGUGGUUUUCCAGAGCCAGCCAGAGAUGGAGUACUCCCUCCCUGAGCUGCAGGCUCCUCGAUCCAACGUGGCCGACAAACCCUGGCCUCAGGUCCACUCUCACACCCAGAGACCUCAUGGUGUGAGGGGUCAUGGUGAGAGGGGAGCAGCCAAAGCAGGAGGCAAAGGGAAGCACCCUGUCCAGCAUGCAGACGACCCCACAGCUGAGCACGACUUCCUCGGCUGCAUGUCAAGACGUUCAGGCCUUCCACGGUGGAUUUUAGCGGCCUGUCUCUUCCUGUCCAUCAUGGUCAUGUUGUGGCUCAGCUGUGCCAGCCUCGUCACUGCGCCAGAGCAGCACAUCAAGACGCAGCUGAGUAUCAACGGAGAUAAAGAGUUUCUGGAUAAUGCCCACAAAGUCAACCCGUACCACCUGAGUCCUGUGAUUGCUGUCGCUGUGAAACAAUCAGAGGAGAGUCAGGAGGCAGGGCCGCUGCCGGUGAAAGUUGACCUCGACAAAACCUGUGUUUAGAAAGGACCAAUGGGAGAGCUGCUGUCUUGCUUCCCAGGGUAACCAUGUCUGAAAUCCUUGGUCCGUCGGUGAAAGGCGUGAAACAAACACAUCACUGGACUCACUCAGUCACCAGAAUUUUUAAAAAAACUAAAAUUUUUAAGAGCAUGGCACCCUCCCGUCAUUUAAAAUUAUCCUACUGAAACAUCUAGCUUGGUCUUGUUAGUCUGAUGGCACUUCAUUUACUUGUACAGUCCAGAUUUCUUCAAGUCCAUCCUCAGAUUUUCCUUAAUGAUCAGCCUGCUCAUUGCUUAUUGAUAAGUCUUUGCUCUUGUCUCAGAGCCACGCUGGAGACUGGCAGGAAGGAUGGAUUACAGCUGAGAGCCCUCAAUAUCAUUUUUCAUGUCUAGCGUGGACAAGAGAAGACAAACGCUGAGAUUCAUUUUUGAUUUAAUUUUGCCUCGUUCACACAGAGUUUGGAUUAAUUAAUGGGUUGCUGAGGGCGCAAAAAAAAGGCGUAGAAAAGUGAAAGAGAGGAAAGGAAGAUGAAUGGAAGGUGGGUUAAAUACUUUGGCUUGUGAGUGCUGCAGGAAACAGAUACUGUAGCUCCCAGUUUAUGAUCUGUUUACAUAAUCAGUAUUAUGAGCAUUAUAAGUUGUAUUAUAAAAUGGUCCAGAAAUCAUGUUUCCCCCCUGAGGUGAGCUACACAUUCUCACCAAGUUCAGAGAAACAAAGGCAUACUUACUCAAAAACCUAAAAUAGUGUCUUUUGUCAGCUUAUUCCUCUGUGUGUUUGUGUACACAUCCGACAGCACACAUUAAUUUAUGGGGAACAAAUACUAAGAACUGUUAGAUUCAAAACUGGAACUGGAUUGAAAACUGGAAUAAAAACCUCUAUUUAUUUUUUCUUCUGUAUUUAUUCAGAAUCAUCGACAUGAGUUAUCUGUUAAAUAGUGUUAUUGAAGUGCCAUGUACAGUUAAUUCAUCAUACAAAUGUGAUUGCUCUGUAUAUAUAAUACAUUGUAACACAGAUCGGAAAGAAACACAUAGAGGGGAGACUGCACCUAUUACUGUAUUAUUAUUAUUAUCAUAUUAUUGCUCUUAUAUCACUUCAAGAGUUCUUAGCUGUUAUAUGUGCCAUGUGCUUUCUAAUAGCUGACUAUUUUGUAUGUCCUAGGAGCACACACUGAAGGAUAACCUCUGUAACAAUGUGUAAUGCAAAGCUUUUAACAUAUACUUUUGUUAUUGAACAGAGUUGCACAGUCUUAGAAAAGAUUUUUUUGUUUUCCUCUCAGUGCUUUUGAUGUCCUGUAACGCUCUCUUUACAUCCAGGCUAUGUAGACAAUAAACCGUGCAUGCAAGUGAUGCUUUGAUAGUUUAUCUUAACCGCCCGCCAUGCCAGUAUGGCAAGCCUCUACUGUAGACUUGUGAUUUUUUGUGUUACUAUUUACUGUAAGCAUUGAAUAGAAUGUGUAAUGAUGAAUGACAAAUAUCCUCAUGAUUUACAGGAAGGACUCUUUAAUAAAAAGCCAUUCAAUCAAACUGAAGGUGUAUCACAAGGAAUAUGAUAUGAAUUUCAAACUGUAUUGUUUCCUUUUUACUGGUAUGUUUAUUUUCAAUUAAAUAAUACUUACAA